AGCCUCAAGCAACAGCACCAGGAGACAGCAAGGCACGGUACAAGAGGGAGGAGAAAAGUGAUCGACAGAUUCAAUGACGAGAAGGCAGCCAACUGGCUUCCAGGGAGACUAGAGACAAUUGAUCUGCGGGAGCUGGCGCUGGCUCCUGCUUCAACGUGAUGUGCAGCCCCCAGCGCCUUAGCACUGCUGCUCGCCUUUGCUGCCCUUAAACAGUCUCGCUGUCGCCGCAGGAGUCGUGCUCGAUUUCGGCCAGGCGAGCCUCAGUCCUCCGAGGAGCCUUCUUGCCCUUUGCAUGGCGUUAUUGCCCUGAGAAGCAGACUGCUUCUGCAGUUCUACAGUCGCUGUCGGGUCCCCACGUGGACUCGCGGGUGCUGGUCACAUUGGCAGACUGGUGCUGCAGACUGGAGAGUGGGGAGCACCCGCAAGCAGCCACGAGCAGCGGCAGCUCGAGACCAUCUUUGCUCAACGCAGCUUCGCGCCGCCGUGAGGCACCCUCGGUUGCAGGCACAAGAAGAAGGCAGCCGGCCCGCACUUUGCAGGGAAGCUCCGCGGCUGCUGCAGCAAAAGGAUGCCGGCGGCUGCUGGCGACGUGCUCCUGAGCGAGCCCCCGGCGGCGAGCUUCGGCGACAGUGGCGGGGAGCCCACCACGCCUCCCCUGGGCCCGGAGGGGACUUUCCUGGCGGCCUGGGUCAACGCGGCGGCGUCCCGGGAGCGGCUUCGCGAAUUCCAGCACAUCAAGCGCGUCGGCAACUACCUGAUCGGCAGGAAGUUGGGCGAAGGCUCCUUUGCCAAAGUGCGGGAAGGGAUGCAUGUCGUGACCGGAGAAAAGGUGGCAGUGAAAGUUAUUGACAAGAAAAGAGCCAAAAAGGAUACCUAUGUCACCAAGAAUCUGAGGCGAGAGGGGCAGAUUCAGCAAAUGAUACGUCAUCCUAACAUUGCUCAGCUGCUAGAUAUCUUGGAAACUGAAAACAGUUACUACCUGGUCAUGGAGCUAUGCACUGGAGGCAACUUAAUGCACAAGAUCUAUGAGAAAAAAAGGCUAGAAGAGCAUGAAGCACGAAAAUACAUUUGGCAGUUGAUUCUAGCAGUUGAACAUCUACAUCGUGCUGGAGUGGUUCACAGAGACUUGAAGAUAGAAAAUCUCUUGCUAGAUGAAGAAAACAAUAUCAAGCUUAUCGACUUUGGAUUGAGCAACUGUGCAAGUAUCCUGGGUUACUCUGAUCCUUUCAGCACGCAAUGUGGCAGUCCAGCCUAUGCAGCACCAGAGCUUCUUGCAAGGAAAAAAUAUGGUCCCAAAAUAGAUGUUUGGUCCAUUGGUGUGAAUAUGUAUGCAAUGCUGACUGGAACGCUGCCAUUUACUGUGGAACCAUUCAGUCUGAGAGCUUUAUACCAGAAAAUGGUUGACAAAGAAAUGAAUCCUCUCCCCACUCAGCUCUCCACAGCAGCUGUAAACUUCCUACGAUCUCUGCUAGAACCAGAUCCUGCAAAGAGGCCAAACAUCCAGCAAGCUUUAGGAAAUCGAUGGCUUAAUGAAAAUGGCAAACCUUUAAACAGUGUUACUUAUCCAAACAGAAUCCACUUAGAAGAUGUCAGCCAAAGUGUGUUGCUCUACAUGACUGAAAAGCUGGGUUAUAAGAACAGCGAUGUGAUCAAUACUAUCCUUUCUAACCGAGCGUGCCACACUCUUACCAUCUAUGUUUUGCUUAAUAAGAAGCUGGAACAUUAUUUGGCAGGCCUUAGAAAGGCAGAGGUUCCUGACAACGUUUAUGUGAACCAACUAUGUCAGAUAGAAAAAUACAGAUCAAAUAAGGAGUCCUAUGAGGACAAAAAGGUCAAAGAUCAAGAGACAAAAGAAGAGCAUCUUCACCCACUCCCGAAGAAAUCUGAGAAAAAUCCUUCUUCCUACAAAGAACCUUCAUCUAGUCUUAUGGCACAGAUACAGAAUGCCAAGGCUCUGUUGAGUGAUCGCAAAGCUACCCAAGGCGGUGCUCCAGAAAAAGAUUCCCCUGGUGGUCUGAGCCCUUUCCAUGAAUCAGCAACAGCCAAGACAGGUUGUGUCACAUCUUAUUCUUUGGAAUACUUGGAAAUUCAACAACCUAUCCCAAGAACUCCAAGGCUCUCAAAACGACAAGAUUCUCCUCAACAAGAGCCUUCAAGCCCUGGGAGCCAGAAUUUGGAUUCUCCUUUAAUUUUGAACAUUGUACAUUCUUUUGAAACUGGUGAUAGAGAGGACCAGAUAGACCAACUGUCUCCAACUCACCAGUAUCGGAUGCUAAGCUCACCUGUAAAUUUUGGUCGUAGAAGCUCCAGUGAAAGGACAUUGUCUCCACUCUUGCAGCCUGGAGGCACUUCUCCCAGUCCUACUAAAAGUCCAGUUCACCCCACUCAGCUGUCUUUCACAUAUGAUGAAAAGACCAGUUCUUUUAGAGAGGAAGCUGUGUCUCCAACCCAACUAAAUAACAUCUCCAAUCCCUUGGGGAGCCCUAACUGUGUGAAAAGCAGAGGUCGAUUCCCAAUGAUGGGUAUUGGACAAAUGAUGCGGAAAAGGAACCAGUCAGUAGGAUCACCCACUGAGAAAACUUUGGAAGCAAGAAUGCCUCAGUUGCAGCAAAUGAGCCCAACACAAAUUUCAUUCAACAUAAUGGACCCCAUAAAUGGCCAGUGUUGAAGUAACCAUUCCGAAAGCCUAAAGAAACUCUGGUUUCUGAAACUUGUUUUUUUUCCAUAAAAGUAGUUAAAGCUUGGAAUCACGAGGUUCUUUCUGUAUAUUCUUAUAACAUUCAAUUACAAAAAGACACAGAGCCACAUAUUUCAGCCGGACUUUGAAAACUGAAGGAAGGACAACAAUUUGAAUGUGAAGACUUCUGUUUUUUUCUGAUUUCUCUAAUUUCUCUGUGUAGGUCCUUUUUUGCUGUAAUCUUUCACAUUUUGCCAACAAUCUUUUGCUUACACGUUUGCCAACAAAAGGAUGCUGUGCCUAAAAUAUCAACUUGAAAACUGAAAAUAGAAUUUCUUAAACUGGUCAUUUGGUUUCCAAAACCAUAGCACCUGGACUUAUUGUUGAAUAAUUAUCAUCUCUAGUUCAGUUAUUCAGGCACUGAUCAUAGUACUCAAAAAGAGGAAUAAUAAUAAAGGACUAUGAGUUUAUUUAUGUUUCUCAGGCAGACACGUUUUCCUAAUUCACGUCCAGGAUAAAGAAGAAACAUAAAGGCAUGAAAGACAAUACAGAACAAUACACUGAUAAUCAAAGCAGUUUUAUUGUCUGAUCCCUUGCUACCUAACAGUAUAUAUUUUCUGUUAUGAAAAUGUUCAUUUGAUAAGAAAUAUUUGUGUAAAGAGACAACAUUAUGAUCUCAAAACCUGGCUGGCUAUUAAAAAAAAUCAGUGUUCACACCAUAAGAUUCUCAUCAUAAGAUUAGCCAUCAGUACUUAAACCAAUAAUCCAGAUUUCUAGAUGCUCUACUGUAAAAAACAAACAAAAGCUGGAUCAUUUCUUCUUUGAUUGUACCAUUUCUGUGAAACUGGCUGUGGGGAAAGUGUAUAACCUCUGUUUUAGCAGAACAACAUUGGAUAUACUUGAAAAGUGUUGCUGAGAAACUGCAAUGCAUUAAGAGGAGUUAUCAGAUGGACACAUCUGCGAGGUCCAGUACCAUUUGCAAAUGGCAGGCUUAUUCAUACAGUUGGUAUAAAAAAUUCAGCAAUGCUACAAACUGAAGAUUAUCUUUUGUAAAAGGAAAACAUGUUCUGUAAUCUGCAGCUCCUUCUAUUUCAUAGUAAAGGAAGUAUAUGAAUAAUAUAGGCUUUUUUGUGCAAAUCACUAUGACUUUUGAGGGUUUUAACCAAAACCUGUUCUAUGGUUUCUGUCUAUCCUGCUAGCACAUCGCUUCUGUUGUUGAGAUUUAUUAAUAUUAGUUUGGCACAGUAGCUGAUUAUCACCAAUGACACAUGUACUUCCUCUCUGUUAGCAUAAAUAAUGAGUAGAUGUUAAUGCACCAUUCUUUCAUUGGAUUCUUGAAAUUAAAUUAUGUUUUUUAAAUCA